AUGCCUAAAUCGCGUGAUCCCUCCCCGGUUUCAAAACCGGAAGAGACGCCGGCGGCCAUGAUGGCGUCAGAGCUCGACGCAGACCACGCAGCGGAAACGACCACGCAGCCAUCGCAGGCCGCUCGUCCACGCUCGCCGACCACGCUGCAAGUCCCUGAAGAGACCACGCAGACCACGCGCACGCGUUCGCCCACGCGCCUCACAGCGGAGCUCCAGGUGCGCUCCCGUGUCCAGGAGGAGCGUCUCGACACCCUCCUGGCCAUGGUGGAGGAUCUGCAGGUGACCCUCAAUAAGGCCCCCGCAGACGUCGCGCCAGAAGAACCGGAGCUUAUGAGGGACACGAUUCUGGAGAUUCAUGUAGAUUUCCAACGAGAACACGCAGCCCUCUCAAAGGUUUGGCCGUCCACGCAGCUCGACCACGCCUAUUUCAAGGAAAAGGUGGCUUCCAAUGAAGCGCGCGUCGUACUUUCUGCUCGCAAGUUGCUGGCGCAGCUUGAGCGGAAAAUUAAGCAGAACGAGCAGCCCACGCAGACCACGACGGCCUCGACGACCAACGCGCCCACGCAGUCAUCGGCAAGCCGAUCACGCCUCCCCGAGAUCGCGCUCCCGAAGUUCGAAGGGGACUACAGCAAAUGGGCAGAAUUCAAGGCCCAUUUCGCUUCUGUUAUCAGCGAACGCGCUGACCUCGCCGCACACGAUAAGUUUUUAUACUUAAAGGGAGCUGUUACUGGCCACGCGGCUAAUUUGAUUAGCCACCUUCCUACCACCGAUGGCGCCCUCGAGCAGGCGUGGCAACUGCUCGACGGCCGCUAUGACAAUAAGCGGCUAAACGUGCAGUCGCACAUGGACCGGCUUGCCAACCUCAAGCCGAUGAAAAUGCGCAAGGCGGCCUCGCUCCUGAAGAUGGUGAAUAUCAUCCAGGAGACGCAGCAAGCGCUACGGUCGUUCGGGUUGGAGGAUGCCCAUAACUGUUUCCUGCUCACCAUCCUCGUCAGACUGCUCGACGCGGACACGCGCGAGCACUGGGAGUCCUCGCUGGCCACGAAAAAGGAAUAUCCUACGCUGGAGGAGCUGACUAGCUUCCUACUCGCCCGCGCACGCACUCUCGAGCAAUUAGAGCAGCUCAACGCCGCUCGCGCUACUCCGCCCACGCCUACAGCACCCGCAAGGACCACGCAGUCUUCGCAGCAACGCUCCGCGCCAGCGAGAGCAGCCGUCCACGCAGGAAGCGCUCGACCAACUACAUCAGCCCACGCAGCACCCGCAGCCAUCGCCAAGUCCACGCAGUCCGCACUCUACCCGUGCGCUUUCUGCCAGAAAGAUCACUUUCUGUCAGCGUGCCCACCGUUCAGAGCACUGACCCCGCACGACCGCGCCAACGUGGUCAAGGCUCACGCACUUUGCGUGAACUGCCUGGGCCACCAUAACCUGCGCAGCUGCCGAACACGGCAACGGUGCAAGAUCUGCGACGAGAUCCACCACACCAUGCUGCAUGGGGCCGACAUCAGCAAGGUGCUGAUACCUGGUCUUCCACCAACAGCAUCAUCGCAGGCCACGCCCACGCCGGCUCCAGCAGCCACCACGCAGACCACGCCAACCACUUCAACGACCACGCAUUGA